AUGGCGAGUAGAGUCAAGGAGGAUGAGAAAAAUGAAAAAAUUAUAAGGAAUCUGCUCAAGCUUCCGGAGAAUCGUAGGUGUAUCAACUGCAACAGUUUGGGUCCUCAAUAUGUGUGCCCUAAUUUUUCUACAUUUAUUUGCACAACCUGCAGUGGGAUACACCGAGAGUUCACUCAUAGGGUGAAGUCAGUAUCUAUGGCUAAAUUUACUCCACAAGAAGUUAGUGCCCUUCAAGGAGGGGGAAAUGCGAGUGCUAGAGAAAUUUAUUUGAAGGAAUGGGAUCCUCAACGCAAUUCUCUCCCUGAUGGCAGUAACAUAGAAAGACUGCGCAAUUUUAUAAAACACGUCUAUGUGGAUAGAAGAUAUACUGGCGAGAGGAGCUUUGAAAAGCCCCCAAGGGCAAAGAUGGGUGAAACUGAGGACUAUAAUGAAAAUCGGAGGAUAGAUACAUAUCAGGGUGGAUCUCGAAGUCCACCUUAUGAGGAUACUUAUGAGCGUCAUUACAGUGAUAGGCCUAGUUCUGGUGGAAGAAGUCCAGGAUAUGACCGAGACAAUCGACAGCGUGGUGAUUCCAAAAAGAGUCCUGCUCAAGCUGAAGUUGUUAAUGACUGGCGACGAGAGGAUAGAUUUGGAAAUGGAAGAAAAUCUGAAGACAGAAGUUCUGAUGGAGGCUCUAGGCUUGACAUUAGGUCACCUGAUCGUCAGAGAGAUCUCGACACACCCAGCCCUCCUGUGGUCCUUCCUAUUAGAGAGAUUUUGGGAGAGAAUGUAUCACCACUUCGGGUAGCUGAACCUCCAAAUGCCACUGGUGGCAGGACAGCUGAUGGUUCUAUCCAUACUCAGAGAAUUGCAUCCUCUAGUAGCUUGGCAUCCUCAAACAAGAAUCCAGCUGAAGUCAAAAUGGAAACAUCAUUAAUUGAUUUUGAUUCUGCUCCUGCACCGCCAGUAGCUGCAGCUGUGCUACAAACACAGCAAUUGGCUACAGAUACAUCUGCCAUGCAGCCAACAUCUAGUGGUGACAACUGGGCAAAUUUUGAUUCCGUGCCGGAUGUGAAAGUAGCUCAAGCAGCUUCAAACACCAAUUCAGUGCUAGAUGUUCUUUCGGAGUUGUCUAUUCCUGUGUCUGCUUCUGGUCCCUCUGCUGGAAGUCAUGCCUAUGGAGGUACUGCAUAUCCUGGUGUAGCAAUCAGCAACUCGGCCAUUGUCUCCCCUGCAGGGCCAGCACCGGUAUUACCAACUAGUGGAGGUAACUCAUUUGAAAAUGCUUCCACUGGAGGGAAGUGGCCUGUCAUACAACCUCAACAACCUUCGGUGUUCCCUGAAGUUGCUGGCCCGCCUAAUUCUCAGUCAGUUGGUGGACCUUCAAGCAAUCAGCCAUGGAAUUCCCUAGUUGCUGCAAAUGCCCACCGGCCUCCUGGUGUUGAUCCUCAAAUGUCUCAACUUGUUACAACUCCGGCCAUGCAAGCCUCUAUUGGAGUUGCAACACAAUCAUUUUCAGAAGUAAAGGCUAGUGGAAGAACAGAACUGCCUGCCGAUUUAUUUACAGCGAACUAUUCUUCUUUUGCACCUCCAGUUCCAGGAUGGCAUUCUGGUCCCUUUCAAGGCACCGGGUUUUCAGUGCAAUACAACAUGCCAAUGUUCCAGCAUGUAUCGAGACCGACAAAUCCUUUUGAUGUCCGAAAUGAACCUCCUCCUGUUCAAGCUGCAAUGUUUCCUUCAAUGGCAUCCUUACAAGGCGCAUUACCCAACAUUGCACCUACAUCAGAUCUGGGUACUUCGCGCCAUCUAUCAUCUAUUCCUACUCAGGCACCAUCUUAUGCAGCAGCUAUCCGUCCAAGUUCAUAUCUGGGCCAACAAGUGCCUGGCAACAUGCCAAUAAGACCACAAGGGUUACCUGGCUUCGGUCUUGAGGGGCCUGCUUUUGUAUACCCAAAUCACCACCUGACUGGAUUACAUCCAGCAUCUGCUUCUCCAAACAACUUCUCUUCAGCUAGGGGAAACCCAUUUGGCUAA